UGGCCUCCGGGGCCACGCCUACUUCCGGCUCCUUGGCUACAGCAAUGGCUGCUCUGGGGACUUGGCUAUCCAUAGGUGUCCGGAGGCUGCAGUGCAGCGCGGCGGCUCGGGCCGGCAGCCAGUGGCGACUAAAGCAGGGUCUGCCUGCCAACCCUUCCGGCUAUGGCCCCCUCACGGAGCUUCCUGACUGGUCCUUCGCGGAUGGCCGCCCUGCUCCCCCAAUGAAAGGCCAGCUUCGAAGAAAAGCCGAAAGGGAGAAGCUUGCCAGACGGGUUGUACUGCUGACACAGGAAAUGGAUGCUGGACUACAGGCAUGGACGCUCAGGCAGCAGGAGAAAUUGCAGGAAGAAGAAAGGAAGCGGGAAAAUGCUCUUAAACCCAAAGGAGCUUCACUGCAGAGCCCACCUCCUAAUCAAUAAAAGGCGGCUCCUGUCCUGGUUUCCAGACUCUUCGGGCUUUCUACAACCAAGGGGCCUCAUCCCAGGGAAAAUAAAGCCUCUUGUCUCCCAUCUGUAUAGCAAAAGAGCUCAAGCCCCAGGAAGAACAGACUGUAAGAUCACUGCCUGGGAGGCUUGGCUCAGUGCCCUCAUCCCUGGUUCUGUUCUAAUUCAGCCAAAUCUUGUUCUGGGAUCUUUUUUUUUUUUCUCCCUAGUGCUAGAAAACAAACCCAGAACCUUGCAAAAGUUAAGCAAGCAUUCAGCCACCCUAGCACCCUGCCUUGCUCAGGAUUUUUAUCUCCCUUGCUUAGCCAUAGGACUGGCCCAGCUAAAAGCAGCUGGUCUGUGAAAGAGAAAAGGAGGUUAGCAGUUUUCCUGGUUUUCCCUACAGACUUGGAGUCACCGACAGCCCAUAACCAGCUCAGUCCUGUCCAGUUGGUGUUCAAUAAAUGUUAUAUGAAAAAGGC